GUUGAGUUGAAUGUUGACUAGACUACUCUCACCACCUCAACCUACAGAACCUCAAGCGGAGAUUGUUGUCAUCAGAGAGAAGAACUGCAGCUCAUAUUGGACAACUAUAUGACAUUAGGAAAAUAAAUAAACUUCUCAGUGACGCUUUGAGCAUUGCCAGGGAUGGACAAACAAAAAGUGCUGAACCAGCUGAUUACAGCCUUGCAUUCAUUCCUGGUGGUACUGGACAGUGAGAACCUCAGCUAUAUCGCUCAAGCCCAGAAGAUGUCCAUCUCAGAACUGCUGUCAAAGCUGAAAGACACCCCUGUUGAGGAUGCUGAGUAUAUGUUCAUGAGCUGUCCAUCAGGGACCCCAAGCAUCGAUCUCAGGGAAACCCAGCUGUCAGGCACAGAUGGCCUUUUCCAGUCAGGACCAGACCCGGACUCAGCCAAGGAACCCUCGUCCUCUGCAUCCCCCGAAUGGCUACGGAAAGGGAGCCAGGGGCCGGCUGUACCCUUUCAUCCGCCAGAAGGUUUAGAUGAGGACUGCUACGAGGAGGCUGAGCCCUUUGUUUCAGUCAAUCACCCCACAGACAAAGGUGACUCAGACAGCAGUCACUACGAGUCAUACGGGGAGGAAGAUGAGGAGUUUGUGAAAGACCGGGCCCCCUACAUCCAAAAGAGUGCCUCCCAGCCCUGUCUGCGGCCCACUCCCGAGUCACGCAUCUGUGGCUACCUGUGGAGGAAGAAAUGGCUGGGCCAAUGGACCAAACAGCUCUUUCUCGUCCGCAACAAUAUGCUCUUGUGCUACAAAUGUGCCAAGGACCUCUACCCUCUGCUGGAGUUGAACCUGCAGGGCUGCCAAGUGGUGUACAAGUACAAGCAUAACAAGAAGAUGCAGCACGAGCUUAAGGUGGUGGCUGGCUCUGACAUGGUGGUGAUUGGUUUCCAGAGCUGCCAGCAGGCGGAGGAAUGGAGGAAGAUCAUUGAGGAGGUGAGUGGAACCUCCUACUAUGAGCAAGAGUCCCAGAGUUCCUCAUCGUUACUCAAGUGUGACAGACUAGACUCUUGCAGGUCAAACACAGUCAUACACACUUCCGACUCUGAUGAAGAGAAACUGUCCAAGCUGCCCUCUGCUCUCAGCAGUGGGGAAAUGAAGGAUAAAGGGUUUCUAAAUGUGCUGAUGAACUGCCAGUGGCAGAGCCUGUGGUGUCAGGUUGAGGGCGGGGUCCUGAAGAUGUACCGAGACAGGGGCUGUGAAAAGAGCCCCCAGUAUAUGGUGCCAUUGAGAGGCUGCCAGGUUCGACCAGACCCCGACAUGCCUCAGGCCUACCGCAUCACUGUGGUCCAACACGGAGACCAGGUGGCAGUACUGGAGGCCGGCUGUGCAGAUGAGAAAGAACAGUGGGUGCAGCUCCUGCAGGAUGGGAGUGUAAGUCACGGUCAGGCUGACUCUCUGUACCACCAUGACAUCAUCUCAAAGCCUGCUGGAACACUGAGUGGUUUAAAGGAACUAAGGUUCCCAACCUCAAACAUGUACAUCGACGACCCCUUUCACCAGCUCUGUGGAAGUGGCAAAUCGCAACCCAUCUACUCCAACACAGCCAUGCUGGAGCACAUGUUCCAGAAUUCCCAAAAUGUUGCCAGGGGAGAGUUGGUGUCAUCCAAGGAUUCAGUCAACUACAGCAACACUGAAAUCUUUAACAACCACAGUAGAAAAUUGUGUGAGGUGGAGCUGGGGGUUCAGGAACUGGACUUGACCGGGAAGAGGUGGUUGCAUCUAAGAGCUGGAUCAAAGAUUAACCUCAUCACUGCACAGAAGACAACCAAACGCACCUCUUUCAGGCAGUCUCUGGCCUUCUGUACAGAGCGGGCACAGGGUGGGUUAUUCAAUCCGCUACUGCGACGAACAACCUCCGCUAAAAACUCACUGAAAAGAGCCCCUUCCACCCUAUUUAUUGAGCAUGGCAAGGUGUUUCAGAGAAAUAAGGAGUGGGAGACAAAGGCCUUUACUUGAUACUGGUCAUUCUGGUAACAAUUACCUUGUACUGUACACAUUCCCUGACUUAUAUGAAGAGUUUAAUUUGCAAAUGUUGUACUGUAUAUCCAUUUUCAGAAAUGUUGGUAAAUUAGCUUUUAUUGUUUAAAGAAAUUAUGAAAGCGACUGGUUUGUUUUUUCACUAUCUAAUCAUGGCAUUGGGUAACAGAAAUGGAUUUGUUUCAAAUCUAUCACUUCAUGGUUUCAUUUCAGAGAGACAAAUAAUCAUAUUAUUUUGCUAAAUGUUAUAUAUCCACCUUACUCUCAGAGAAAUAAGUAGUAUUGCUAGGUGACGGGAUCCCAAUCCAAGAUGGCAGCAUGUCAAGUAAUUUGUCUGUGACUAAUAGUUUUUAACCUACUCAUUUAUGGUGGAGCAAAUCUACACUUUCCUUGUUGUGUAGUGCAAAUGAUUAGUUUUGCUGGUGUAAAGAUCAGUUCUCCCUCAACUCGGAUAUUUUUUUAUUGCUAUUGGCACUUCCCUACUCAAAGUUUACCAAAGUAAACCUCUCUCUGCCUGGCCUGGGUUCUAUCCUCUGCUUUCCCACAGCGGAGUGUCUCGUCCAAGCUGAUUCUAUUUGCUCUCCACCUGGCUGUCAGCGGCAGCUCAACAAUCCCCAACCCAUUCUCUCAAUCGACCCCCACACCCAAUCUACUCACACGAGCACACACUCACAUACAGACUCAUAUAUAUAUAUAUAUAUAUAUAUAUAUAUAUAUACACACACAGUCCCUUUCUCCCCUUACCUUUCCUUGGUCUCUAUUUCCUAAAUUUCUCAGAAAAAAAUACCAUUUUUGUGGUAUUGCUUUGUGCACUGACUUACUGAACUCUGGAGGAAACGAACAUUGUCGCUGGGUGAGUACAUCUGAUAAUGUGCUCUCCCGUCCAUUAGACAUUUUGUCUGCGGGAACUCGCUCUUUUUUACUCGGUCCACUCAUCCAAGUGCCGAUGCAUUUGUGGUAUGAUGUGAACAGUACGAAUUUGUGUCACUACCAAAGUCUAAUGGUUUAAAAUUGCUGUUUUGUAUUGUCUAGAAUUCACUUGUAGUAGGUAUCUUAAAAAAGAGAAGCCGUGAAAGGUUAUUAAACAGAGGUGCCUAUAUUCUUCUUUGUUGAUAUCAGGUAACGUGCAACCUAACCCUGGCCCUGAUAUGCAAUGUCUCCAAAUGCCCUCUGAUUUUAUGUUUCGAUCUGGUUUUGGUAUUUUUCAUUUAAAUGUACGUAGCCUGUUGUCUAAAAUUGAUGGGGAUAGGAUUUGGGCUAAAUCAACUGAUGCUGAUGUAAUAGUGUUUUCUGGAACCUGGUUCAGCAAGUCUGUUCCUGAUAGGGAUAUUUGUAUAAAUGGUUACAAUGUAUAUCACACUGAUCGAGUUAAGGUGGGGUGUGGCUAUAUAUGUAAAUGAGUGUGGCAAAGUCUGAAACUAUUUGUAAACAGUUGGAAUUUCUUGCUUUGAAUAUUGAGUUUUCAAAGGGUCUCUCUAUAACUGUGAUUGGCUGUUAUAGACCCCCCUCUGCUCUCUAUAACUGUGAUUGGCUGUUAUAGACCCCCCUCUGCUCUCUGUGAUGCAUUUUCCUCUCUGAUUAACCUUAUGUCUAAACUUAUUUACAGUUAAAUGAUCUUGAUUGGUGAUCUCAACUGGUGUUGGUUAAAGCCGGUGUCUGUUUUUAAAAUGUAUUGUAAUUCUAUGAAUCUUACCCAGUCGAAAUCUCAAAUGUCCACAGAAAUCUACCCUGAUUGAUUUGAUAUUGACAAAUGUUCCACAUAAAUAUUCUGUGGUUGGUGUUUUCUGUAAUGAUUUAAGUUACCAUUGUGCUGUUGUUGCUGUUAGAAAUACUAAGGUUCAUAAGACAAACCCAUGCUUUAUUUGUAAGAUCAAUUUUAAGAGAUUUAAUGAGCAGGAUUUCUUUCAUGAUUUGUCUGAUUUUGACUGGAGCUUAUUCCUGAUGUGAAACCUGCCUGAAUAUUCUUUCAUUAUGUUUUUUUCCAAAUAGUAAACAAGUAUGCCCCAUUCCGCAGGUUCAGAGUUAAAGGCCAAAAGAAUCCAUGGUUUUCUUCUGAGCUGUCUUGUAUUAUUCACAAACAUAAUCUAGCCUGGUCUUAAAGCAAGGAAAUCAUGUUCUGAUGCUGAUUGGCCUCUUUUUAGGCAGCUAUGAAACAAGUGUUCUUCUCUUCUCAGGAAGGCCAAGUCUGAAUAUUUUAUGUCUGUUACCACUGAUAACCUGAAUGACUGUCACGCCCUGACCUUAGAGAUCCUUUUUAUGUCUCUGUUUUGGUUUGGUCAGGGCGUGAGUUGGGGUGGGCAUUCUGUUUUAUGUUUUCUAUUUAUUUGUGUUUGGCCGGGUAUGGUUCUCAAUCAGGGACAGCUGUCUAUCGUUGUCUCUGAUUGGGAACCAUACUUAGGUACCCUUUUCCCACCUGUGUGUGUGUGGGAGGUUGACUCUGUUUAGAGCACUUUGCUUGUGAGCUUCACGGUUUGUUUUUGUAGUGUUUGUUUUGUUUGGCGUCAUUUUGCUUAAAAUAAAGAAAAUGUACGUUCACCGAGCUGCACCUUGGUCCUCAUCCUUUAACAGCCGUGACAAUGACCCUAGAAAGUUUUGGAAGGCUAUUAGGUGUAUGUCUGGUAAUGUUAAUAAAUUACUGUCAUGUGUAUUGAAGAACUCUGUUGCUGUAUUUGACAAAACUGAAAUGCUGAAUAAUUUCAAUGAGCACUUUGUGUAAUCUGGUAGGCUGUUUGAUUCAGUAUCCUCUUUCUCUACACAAACCUAUGUGGAUGAAACGGUGAGAGCUGGUCAAACCUUUAGCUUUUUGCUAUUCUCAGUGCAGUAGGUACAUAAAGACCUCAAAUCCUGACAUCAGAGAAAGCCUGCAGGUCCUGAUCUUCUUGAUCCCUGCUUUUUAAAACUGGCAGCUGAUUUCUGAACCACUUACAUACAGUGCCUUGCGAAAGUAUUC